AGAAGAACCCAAAAAAAAAAAAAAACAGCGCAGUGACAAUGAACGUCAUCGUCGCUUUCGUGUUCUUCUGUUUAACGACGGUGGCGCCAUGGCGCGUUCGCUCAGAAGGAAGGCUUUCGGUGAAAAUGACGCUGGUUCAGAAUGCUCGCGCUACUGGUGCUCUUUGUUUGGAUGGAAGUGUCCCGGCGUAUCAUUUGGACAGAGGAUAUGGGGCUGGACAAGACAACUGGCUGCUACAAUUUGAGGGAGGUGGGUGGUGCAAUGACAUGAGAUCAUGCUUGGACAGAGCGCAAACUCGCAGGGGCUCAACACGCUAUAUGACCGAGUGGGAGACCUUCUCUGGUAUUUUAAGCAACAAUGCCACCCUUAAUCCAGACUUUUACAAUUGGAACCGUGUGAAGCUGAGAUAUUGUGAUGGAGCUUCAUUUACUGGGGACGGUGUGUUCGACAAUGGGACAACAACGCUUUAUUUCAAAGGGCAAAGGAUUUGGGAAGCCAUUAUUCACGACCUUCUACCAAAGGGUUUGGGAAGGGCAAGAAAGGCUUUGCUUUCAGGAUGUUCAGCAGGAGGUUUAGCUACCUUUCACCAUUGCGACGAUUUCACCAAGUAUUUGCCAAUUAAUGCUAAAGUUAAAUGCUUGAGUGAUGCGGGUUUUUUUCUUGACGAAACAGAUAUAAGUUUGAAGCACACUAUGAGGAUCUUCGUCGAGAGUCUAGUUUCAUUACAGGGGGUGGAGCAGAACCUGAAUAGAAACUGCACCAGUGAGCUGUACCUUCCAUACUUGUGCUUCUUUCCACAAUAUGCGUUGAAAUACAUAUCAACACCAUAUUUUAUCUUGAACUCUGCCUAUGAUGUGUUCCAAUUCCAUCAUAUAUUGGUGCCAUCUUCUGCUGACUUGCAUGGACGCUGGAAUCACUGCAAGAUGAACCCAGAGGCGUGCACACCUGACCAAAUUAAUAUUUUGCAAGGUUUUAGGCUCCACAUGCUUGGAGCUUUAAGGCAGUUCGACAUAUAUUCAACAAGAGUGGGAAUGUUCAUAAAUUCAUGUUUUGCUCAUUGCCAAAGUGAAUUGCAAGAUACAUGGUUUGGAGCUGAUUCUCCAAGAAUAAACAACAAGACUAUUGCCGAAGCGGUUGGUGAUUGGUAUUUUAGCAGAAACAGAAGCAAUGAAAUAGACUGUGCAUAUCCAUGUGAUACAACUUGUCGUAAUCUUAUACCAUAAGCUCAGGUCAUUUAGAGGAUUAAACUAAAAGUUUAUCCACAAGCUUCUCUAGUUCUCAUAGUGAAGGUCUUAAGAGUUCUCUAAAAAGAGGAUUCAGAGGGAUUUUUUGAUACGAAGCCAUACAAGUACACAGUGAAUGCUAGCAGAUAGAAAAUUCUUUGAUAUGAACAAGAAAGGUGAUAAAGGAACCAAAAGAGAAAAUGUGGUUUCAAUUAUUAUUUCUAAAUUAUUUUUUUACUUAAUAA